UUGGUGGGCGACGCGAGAGAAUAUCUGCAUUUCGUCGGGGCAGAUUCGCUGCACCACCGAAACGCUGCCAUUCGCAACUCCUGUGGCUGCUCUCCCGCCUCCCAGCUUCUCAGAGCCCAAGCGCGGUCGCUGUUCAGGAUUAUACAACAAUGACGCUCACGCACGUCGUCCUGCUGAAGUGGAAGCCCGGCACACCGGACAGCGCCGUCGAGCCGGGCCUGAAGAAGCUCGAGCAAAUACCGCUCACCGAGACGUACAUUUUGAGCUACCGCAUCGGCAAGGACUUGUGUGUAGGCAGGACGAAGAUGAAUCAUGAUGUGGCGGUGGUCGCCGAGUUCGCGACGGAGGACGACUACCACCGCUACGCGACUGCUGGAAAACACCUCGACGCCGUGGACUUGCUCAAGCCGCACCUGAUGCAUCGCCACGCGGUGCAGACGCACGCGAGGGAGUGGGCGACGCCCUGCUCGCAGCGGACGACGCCGUCCAAUAAACGCGUCUUCGCCGCGCUGGUGUGCGGCGUCGUGCUCGGGCGCUUGCUCGCGCGCCGGUGA